AGUCACACUGGAGCCGCAUAGUCCACUGUCCGUCUGCUGUCGACAGGAUCGAUAAUGUGACAGUACCGCUGACGCGGAACCUGGGAUAUUUACUGAAUACUUCGUAAAGAUGAGGCGCUGAAAGAGAGAGAAUGAUAUACGGGCUCAGAUACAAAGAGAGGUUAAGUUCCCCUAUUGUAACGGUUAUGAUAAUGAGACAGACAAGUGCGUACACCAUCUACUGUGGGUAAGAUUAAGAAGCGACUUGCUUUGAAUAUAUCCAACAUGUCAGCGAAAGACGAAAUGAGUCAGAAGGAAAAUGUAAUAGAAUAACACCCUUUAAAUGUUUUGAUGACACUUAAAUGUUGAUUAAGUAUAUUGAUACUGGCAUGACGACUAAUUUUCCAGUUGGCGAUACCUGUUGGUUUUAAGGUACUGUAGGUAGUCAGGUUAGUUAACUGUACUUUUUAGAUGAGAUCAAGACACACCCUAUAGAGAGCAUGUUAAAACGUGGAGGUAAAACCAGCUACAACCCAUAUUCGACGGGGCAGAGAGUAAAGAAGGCCGAGUCUAAAUCCAAGAGCAAACUGGACAUUUUACCCAACCGCCCGAAUGUCUUGCUCAAACAGCUCUCCAUCCUCCAGGAGAUGCCCCGUCGAGACGGCGUCGACGCCACCCUUUCGCCCUCCCUCUCCUCCUUGACCCUCGCCCUCCAGUCUGGUGUCUCCCUGGACCCAUCCCUGUCCUGCCCCGGAACCCCCAGCGCCCAGCACGGCAGGAUGACAGGGGUGGGCAUGGCCUCCCCCGUGUCCACCCUAAAGAGGCCCACGGCCCUCAGCCGGCACGCCAGCGCGGCCGGCUUCCCCCUCCAGUCCUGGGUGUUCACCAAGGCCCAGGCCAAGGGGGCGACAAGCCCGGGCCUCCCAGCCGAGGGUCCGGAGAGCACGGCUAUCGAGGUGGAAGACAUCCCCGCUCUGCUCAGGGACGUGGCUCGCUUCGCCGAGGCGGUGGAGAAGCUGAAGGACGUGGUGCUGCUGGAGGGCAAGCAGGAGAACAGGCGUCCCCUGGCCCACGUGUGUCUGGGGGAGGUCCUGAGGAUCCUGCGCCAGGUGAUCAACACCUACCCCCUCCUCAACACGGUGGAAAUCCUCACCGCCGCCGGAAAACUCAUCUCCAAGGUCAAAGGAUUCCACUAUGAAGUGUCUAACGAGUCGGAAAAGAAUGACUUUGAGAAGGCCAUCGAGACCAUCGCUGUUGCCUUCAGUAGCAACGUCUCGGAGCUGCUGAUGGGGGAGGUGGAUAGCAGCACCCUGCUGUCCCAGCUGCCCACAGAGAGGAGCAGGUCUCUGGAGAACUUGUAUGCGGGCGCAGGCUCUGAUGGAAACUACUUCAGGACAGACUUCCACAACCUGGGUAUGAGACCACCUCCAUCUAUGGAUCUCCUGUCCGACACACUCUUCUGGUCCUCAUGGUGUGUGUGUGUGUGUGUGUGUGUGUGUGUAGCCAUGAAAGCGGAGGAGGUGGACAUUGUGCUGCAGCGUAGCGAGGGAGGUGUGGACUCUGCUCUGCUCUACGCCAAGACCAUCUCCAAGUACAUGAAGGACCUGAUGACCUACGUGGAGAAGAGGACCUCGCUGGAGGUGGAGUUUGGCAAGGGUCUCCAGAGACUAUACCAGUCCUGCAAACACAGCAUCACUCAGCCCCACAUGCCGUUGUUCUCCAUCUACUCCCCUGCUCUGGAGCAGGACCAGGAACAGAGCAAUGGUCUUCAACAGGCUGCCAACCUCCUGCACACCAAGACCUUCAUGCAGCCUCUCAUGCAGCGCAAGUACGAACAUGAGAAGAGGCGCAAGGAGAUCAAGGAGCAGUGGCACCGAGCGAAGAGGAAACUGAUGGAGUGUGAGGCCAACCUGCGUAAAGCCAAGCACGCGUACACGGCCCGCUGUGAGGAGUACCAGGCCAGAGCGGCCGCCAGCAGAGCGGAGGAGGAGGGAUGGGGUUCCACCGGCAAGUCUCUGGACAAGAAGAGGCGCGUGGAGGAAGAGGCCCGCAACAAGGCGGAGGAGGCCGAGGCCACCUACAGGACAUGUGUGGCGGAUGCCACCACCCAGCAGCAGGAGCUGGAGCACACCAAGGUGACGGUGCUCAGACAGCUGCAGGAGGUCAUCAAGCAGAGCGACCAGACCCUGCGCUCGGUGACCAUCUCCUACUACCAGACCAUGCACGCCCAGACAGUGGUGCUGCCGGUGCAUUACCAGACCCUGUGUGAGAGCAGCAAGCAGUACGACCCGGGCCAGCAGUACGCUGCCCAUGUCAAAGACCUCCAGCUCCCCGAACAGCCCGAAGUCAGCUACCAGUUUGAACCCUACUCCAGCCAGCACUCGUCUCGGGGACGUCAUGACAGCUUCAACACGGACCACCAGAGCUCUGUGGAGAGUCCCGCUAGCACGGUGGAGCCCCGCCCCUCAGACGGCACCAGCUCCGAGGACAGGAAGAGGAAGGGCCACAAGUCGUGGGGCUCCACGGUCAGUGACGACAGUGGAGGAGGAGAGGGAGGCUUAGAAUCUCCCAGCUCUAGCACAGCUGACAUCAGCAAGAUGGCGCGUACCUCCUCCACGGGCACCAUGUCGUCCAAUGAGGAUGCAGACGAGAAGGACGGGAACGGGGCCUCCUUCGAGACACCAAACAUCAACGGUAUGGAGCCUGAGAUGGUGGCUCCCACGGGGCCUUUCAGGAACGUGGGCCUGUCCAAGGCGGCCCAGACCCACCGCAUGCGGAAGCUGCGGACCCCGGCCAAGUGUCGGGAGUGUGACAGCUACGUGUACUUCCAGGGAGCUGAGUGUGAGGAGUGUUUCCUGGCGUGUCACAAGCGUUGCCUGGAGACCCUGGCCAUCCAGUGUGGCCAUAAGAAGCUGCAGGGCAAACUGCAGCUGUUCGGCAGGGACUUCUCCCAGGUGGCUGGGGACAGCAGCGACGGCAUCCCCUUCAUCAUCACCAAGUGCAUCUCAGAGAUAGAGAGGAGGGCACUGCGGAUGAAGGGCAUCUACAGGGUGAACGGCGUCAAGACUCGUGUGGAGAAGCUGUGUCAGGCGUUUGAGAACGGCAAGGAGCUGGUGGAGCUGUCCCAGUGCUCCCCACACGACAUCAGCAACGUGCUCAAGCUCUACCUCAGACAGCUCCCAGAGCCCAUCAUGCAGUUCCGCCUGUACCACAGCCUGAUGGGGCUGGCCAAGGACAGCCUGCACACAGAGGGGGAGGGGGGCCCUGAGGCGGAGGAGGCCGGGACAGGAGUCCACGGGGCGGGCAGGGGUCCGGAGCUGGUGGACCUGGGCCCGGACACAGACCCCGACUUCCUGGUCCUGGUGGACAAGCUGAGGGAGCUACUGAGUGGACUGCCCAAGAAUAACAUCUCCACGCUGCGUUACAUCACACGCCACCUCCGCAGGAUUGCCGAGUUGGAGCAGGACAACAAGAUGAGCCCCAGUAACCUGGGCAUCGUGUUCGGCCCGUCUCUGAUGCGCCCUCGCCCCACCGGCGCCACCGUGUCCCUGUCCUCCCUGGUGGACUACCCCCACCAGGCGCGCAUUGUGGAGGCCCUCAUCGUCUUCUACACCUCCAUCUUCCAGUCCAAGUCCUCCAGGACCUCCGCCAGUCAGUCCUCCACCUCCCCCCCACAGAGCGGCGCGGAGGGCGAGAGCACACCGGACACUGCAGAGGUGGAGGAACAGGACGGCGGCGAGGAGCCGGGCAGAACAGACUCUGACAAGAUAGACGAGGGAUGCGGCAGUUCUCCAGGCUCCCUGGGCUCCAGCGAGCAGCUGGAGGACUCGGUCUGGGAGCUGGACGAGUCCGGUCAGAGGACCUCCCUCUCGGAGCGUCCAGCCAGGCUGGUCAAGCAGGAGAGCGAGGUCAGCACCGACGACGACCAGCUGAGCUGCCGGGACAGUCUGGAUCUCUCUGGGCAUUCUCUUCCCUUGGUCGACCAGGACAAGGACCAGGACCCGGAGCAAAUCCAGGACUCGGAUCAGAGCCAGGAGAGAGAAGGAGCCCUUGACGGUGACCCCCCCGCCCCUCCGGACACAGAGCCCCCAGACUUGGAGGUCUCUGAGCAGCACCUGGAGCUGAGCGCCUCCAUGGCAGAGCUCGACAUGAACCAGUCCAACAACAACAACAACUGUGUGCUGGGCAUGGCAGGGCACCCACUGGCUCACCUGUGUGUUGGUAAGCUCCCCCUGAGCAGGAGCAGGGACGGGGAGGCCGAGUUUGUGUAAACAAGUGCACCUCAGUCGUGUUCGGUUGGGAAUACAGGCAUGUAUUGCGACUAUAAAAAUAAAAAAAAAAGUGAGGAGGGAGAGUUGCUUAUGAGCAGUUUCAUCUGGCGUUUAGUUCAAAAUGGCAGAUGUUUAGAUGUUUUUCAUCCAUGAGUCCUGCUUUACCAACUGUUCCAAACGAUCUGAGAAAGGUGUAUUUUCUAAUGUAUAGUACAUUAGUACUGAAUGUGUCAAGUCUUAAUAGCUUUUAUUUAGAUGUGGAUGUUUGGAAGCGAUAAGGUUACUUUGCUGAUUGUGCCAACUUCAAUGCUUAUGGGCCUGCUGUUUUUUAAACUUUUAAAUUUGUUUUAUUUCUGUCCCAUUUUCAAACAUAUAUUACACAUUGCUCCUAAAAGCUUGAAUUAAUGCCUAGUGAAGUUUGGUGUGUCAGAUUGAUGUAAGCAAUACAUUUCUAAGCAGAUGUUGGUUAGGGUUAAAGUGCUGCUGGUUUUAUUUCGGCACUAAAACUAAAAGUUGUAUCCAGAGGGGAUUUUAUUGAUUUGUUUCCAUCACUGUUGCCUGGUUUUGUAUGUAAUAUGUGCUAAAUACAAUUUUCCAAUUUAUUAUAAGAAUUAAAAGGGUAAGCAUCCUAUUGAAAUGAUUGAA